ACAUGAUGAUCCGCAUGGUCCUGACCCGAACCGGCCGAAAGCCGCCUCGUGGACAAACCCGCUGACCCACGCUGACUAGAAAGCAAACAAGUGAGCCGUGGCGUGAACCGAGAGGUUACAGUCCAGUCGGCGACGAGACGGCCAGACACGUGAAUUCCCGAUUUAGAUGCUGACGGUGACUAAGGGGCCGCCAUGUCGUCCAAGUUGGUGAUCAACCAGCCUCAGCCCAUGAUGGUCCACCAGGAGUCCAACGAGUGGGGCAGCGGCAUCUGCGACUGCUGCGACGACGUGCCCAUGUGCUGUUGCGCGUUCUGGUGCUUGCCUUGCUUCGCUUGCAUGACGGCCAAAAAGUACGGCGAGUGCCUCUGCCUCCCCCUGGUGGACGUACUGCUCAGCCCCUGCGCCCCUCCCGUCACCAUGUCCAUGAGGGUGUCUAUGCGCCAACUCUACGGCAUACGGGGCUCCAUGUUCAACGACUGCGUGUGCGCCACCUUCUGUACGGCGUGCGUAUGGUGCCAGAUGGCGCGCGAAAUGAAGGAGCGGGCCAUCGAAAUCGUCCUGGUGAACAAACACACCAAGACGUUCGCCUAACGACGCCGGUACGUUUGACAAAAACCACACUGCGUAAAAUGCGCACAAACCGUGUUUGGAAUCCUUCGCUCAUUCCCGGCUCCGUAAUCGCUCUACGGUCAUACCUUGACUUCUGAGCGCCAUUUAUAUAUUUCUGAUUUAUUGAGCUUUUGUCAUUCAUCUGCUAACAUUGCUGCUCACUUUCACCCCCUUGUGGACAUCGAAAUGUGCUACAGGACACAAUGCCGCUGCGCUAGUUUCGCAAAUUAAUUUAAUGCUAAAUGAAAUCACAUUCACUCAAUAACAUCUUAAACAAAUUGCACAUCUAAUGGAAUGUAUUUUGUUGAUUAAUUUCAUCCCUGCCGUUGACAUGUUUGAUUAUAUUUUUUCUUUAAAUUAUUGUCCAAAUGAUUGACGGGUACUUUUUUUUUCUGCUUGAAAGAUGUUUUCAUAAUAUCAGCAAGUACAUCCAAUAUUUCAGACUAUUUUUUUUUUGAUUGAAGCACCUUACCAAUGUAAACUAAGACACAAAAAUUCAUGUAUCAUAAUAAAAUAAUGUAAUUGUUACACAAGACUUGAAACCUGACUUGCCGACGAAAGGCUCCAGCUCACAUGGGCUGGAAGGCAGGCAAAAAAAAGGAAAAAAAAAAGAAAAUUAGUGUUUUGAUGACAUUUGUUUUCAUGAAAAGUAGUAAAAAAAAAAUGCGAGAUACAAAAAAAUAUUUUUUUGGGGGGGGAGGAUCUGGAAACGCGCCACGUGAUGUCACAUACUUAUAAAGCGUAACUGAAUUGACUGGAUUAUGAAGGCAGGGUUACUUCAGGUCAGGACUCAACACCCAGCCAAUCCAGUUACGCUUUCUUAGUCACGUGACGUCACAUCCGAAGAAAGUGUGACUGGAUUGGCGGGCUGUUUGUUUCUGACCUGAAGUAACCCUGGCUUUUUUUAAACACCGAAUUUAGACGAUGAAUUUCAGAGAGCGGAUCUCAUUAUUGCGUUUGAAUUUUAAAGGUUCCAUUUUUUUUUCAUGCGGCGAAUCUGUUAACAUUGAAAACUUCAACUGAAAUACAGAUAUCGGAAAUGUGAUCUCUAUGAAAUAAUGUGAAUUUUGCAGCCUAAAAUUUUCAGUGACAUUUUUAAUUUGAAUCCUGGCGGUGCGUAUUUACUUCCGUGGGAAUUCUGCGUGCCAACUUGUGGACAUCUGUACAAAAAUAUGGAAGCCAUGCUUCUAAAGUCAAAAUAAAUUCAUACGUUGAAGACCAAUACACAUAAAGUUCCUCUUUAACGAUGAAAAAAAGAGACAUUGAGUUUAAAAAAAUGUUUACAAUAUCAAUGUAAAAAUUAAAAAUGAGAUUUUUGGGGUCACUGUGCGCCCCCUAGUAAACUGUUUUUGAAUUAUCACAUAAGCAGCUAAGAAUGGCAUCCAUCCAUUCCCUGAGCCGCUUAUCCUCACCAGGGUCACUGGCGCGCCCAAGCCUAUCCCAGCCAUCAACGGUGAGGACAAUGCGAUUCUGAUUUUUAAAUAAGAGUUAACAAUACAUGGUAUCAAUUUUAAUUGUUAUAAAAAAAGAGUUCAUGUAAAAAUGCCCAUUUUUAAAAAAAUUGCAAAAAUGCAAACAUUAAAAAGAUACAAACGAAGAACUCAAAAGACAAGCUAGUUCAGUUUUUGGGGACACAUUUCCACUUUAAAAAAAAGUUACAAUUUAAUUGUUAUACAAGUAGUUAACAAUAAUGUUUUUGUUGAUAAAAAAUACAUGAAAAGGUGGAAAACAAAAUGUUCACAAAAUUUCAAAACUCCAGGCUUAUCCUGCGAUAUGGGAUAACCCAAAAGUCAAAAGUCCCGGUUAUCUUAGAUUUAUGGGAGCUUUUUGCACAUUCUCAUCAAUAUUUUUAAUAAUAAUUAGUAUCUGACAGUAAUCGCCAAACAUUAAACAAGAUCAACAUGGUUCUAAGGCGCAUGUAAUGAAUGUUGCUUGCCUGUGCCCCCCCCCCCCCACCUCCCUCACCCCCGCCCCUAGCGGUUUGUUGUUUUAAUGGGAUUACAAUGACAGUUAUGGUUUGCCAGGACGAAUGCGGGCCACUUUAAUGGGGUGCGAGUGAGGGGGCGUGUCCGGGCGAGCUCGUAAAAGCGGCAGGAAUGUUAAUUGCGGGCUGGCUGCCCUCUUUGUUGCGUCGGCGGGGGGGGCACAGGGCUUCUGUUGUGCCUCCUUAAAAGGCCCACAAGAGCUGAUUUAAUAUCUGUGACUUUGACACAGGCGCGUGCACGUGCGCGACUUCUCCCACCUGCGACACCCACUUCAUCCACUCCCAUUCUUGGAGAAAAUAGACCCCGCGCUUGUCUCAUUUCCUCAGUGUUGCUUAAUCAGGUGAUCGGUGCCCCCCUCCCUUUUCGCUCUAAUCCCGUAUUUAAAUCUUACGGAACCGCACGUACAACUACAGGACAAGUAUAAGGACCACAGCCACAAGAAAAGACAAAGAAUACAGCGUUUGUCUAGAGAAAGUCCGUUAGCUUCAUGCUAACACAAAGCAUCGCAAACUAGCAUUGAUCGUAUAACCCUUCAAGGAAAAGGAUAUCUGAACACAAACCGCAGCAACACAUGUAAACCGACAGCGUAACAAUAAUUAAGUAUUCUUUAGCCUCUGUGAAAAAAUGGAUCUUAAUUUGCCUUCAUUUCUUUCGCGUUACACCGUCGUAUUUAUGCGCGUUUACUGUCCCUGCUGGCCAAAGCACGCGUACCAGAAGGGAUUCAAACCUUAUUUAAAAGUUGUCGUUUGAAGAGACCAAAACUGCACUUUUACGAGAAUAACGUACACCAUUUUGAGAAUCAUGAAUCUACUGUCAAUGAUUCAUCACGACAUGAAAACAUUCAUCGAGUUGUCCGUCGUGGCGACGUUGAUCGGGGAUCUCUGAUUGGUCGCUUGUUGCUAGGCGAAACUCACCUGACACCAAAACCCUUGAAAUCUGCAGGUAAAUAUAUAUAUAUAUCAAAUAUCAAAGGUAAAUGCAACAGAACUGGAUUUAGUCAGGUGGAAUGGUGGAUCAGCUGGUUAAGCGUUGGCCUCACAGUUCUGAGGACCCGGGUUCGAUUCCGGCCCCGCCUGUGUGGAGUUUGCAUGUUCUCCCCGUGCCUGUGUGGGUUUUCUCCGGGUGGGCGCUCCGGUUUCCUCCCACAUCCCAACAUCUCUAAAUUGCCCAUAGGUGUGAUUGUGAGUGGGGCACGUGCCCUGCGAUUGGCUGGCAACCAGUUGAGGAUUUCCCUCCUGCCCGUCAGUGAUUCUUUCACCUACCACUAGAGGGAGCCCGCUCACCCACUGUAGUACCCACACUGCAUUUUGAAAAUCCCCCACUUUAGGAUCAGUGGAUGGAUUUGAACCUGAGGCCUGCGAAAAGCCUACCUGAGUGAUGCACCCCCCCCCCCCCGCCCGUCCUGAUAGUGUGACCCCAAUCUUCUGCCAUGACAGAUAGAGACGCUGUCUAUCUGCCAUUUCCUGGGGGAAGUGUUCCUUUUAAAAAAAAAAAAAAAAAAAAGACAAGCUCUGAGUUCGCGGGGGAGUGAACUGAUAACGCUCAGAUUAAGAUGGGGAGCGAGGGGGGGGGGGGUCACACGGUAUAUGCGUGGGGUGCUCAGGCGUAGUCCGACUAUCACAGUGUGGGCCUCCGGGCAAACAAACAACUGUGACCUCUGAAAACAACGGCAGCAGGGAGAGUCUGAUAGCUGGGGGGGGGGGGGGGGGUGUUAUGUGUUGGUGUGUGCACCGCAUGCGUGUGCGUCCGCGUGUGUCUGUAGGGGAGAGCGAGGUUUGAGGGCAAAGGGGGUACGCAGGCCAACAAUUAUCGGACCCCCCGCCGAUCUCGCCGUCCAUGUCAAUCAGAAAUAGAGAGAAAAAAAUGUCAUUAAAUUCCAUACAAACUGUGCAAGAUGGCGCUCACUUUUGGCGUGGACACGUGACGCUUUGAUUCGUUAGGACUUUUGUUCCAAAAGGUAUGGAAAGCACUCCUUCAAUUCUUUAGACUGAUCUGAACUCAUUUGAUGAGAAAAAUGAAAAUAAACAUGUAUUGAAAUGAUAUUAAAAUGUUUACAAAAACAAAUGAAACGAUAGGAGAAAAAAGUUUUGUUUUUUUAGUUUGAAUUUUGCAAGAGGAUAAAAAAACAAUUCUCGUCAUGCUAACUCUUUUGAUGAGCCUUGACAACAUUAUAAUUUUGAAAAAAAAUUGUGAGAAUUUUAUUUUAACUUUUUGAUUUUUUUUUUGUUUUACAAGACUGAAAAGAGUAAAUCCCGCAACCCUUGUGAGGAUGAGCGACUAAGAAAAUGGAUGGAUGGAAAAAGAGUAAAUGUCAGGUCGUUAUCAAAGCCGCCUAUCCUCAAGAGGAUGAAAAAAAUAAUGAAAAAUAAACUGGUUUUGUAAAUUUGAUAUUUUCUAGAGUUACAAUAAAAGUUUUCUUUUCAAACUCAAAGUUUUGAUGUUACAAUAAAUAGUAAUAAUUGCCACAAGGUGCUAAAGAGAAAGAUGUGGAAGACUCAAAAAUUGCAAUUACCAAAAUCAAGUUGCAACAUUAUGAGAAAAUGUGUCUUUCACAAAACUUGUAUUGGAUGGCUCACGUGCACCAAGUUGCCCACCCUUGAAAUUUUGCCAUAAUUCUGAAAUAAUUUUUCACCCAUUUUAUUUUCUCACCAAAAAGUUUUACUUUUUGUCUACAAAAGAUGAGACUCAAAAAUACAUAUUACUUUGAUUUCUGGAUAUUCCCCCCCCCCCGCCCCCCAUUUCUUGACGGAUAUGAAUGUUUUCUUGCAUGGCUCAACAUUUCUUGGAAUUUUUUUUUAAAACAAAUGUUGCGUUUUCUUGAAAACUUUUCCUGCAAGGUUUAAUUUUUUUUUUCAUGAAGAAUACAAUUUUAUUUUCAAUUUCUUAAAGAACACCUUUUCUCGGUGAAAUGACU